AUGACGAAAAAACCCUUGUAUGAAGGAAAUGAUGAAAAAAACUUAAAGUGUGUGGCUGCUGGGAUUCGAGCCCAGCCAGAGUCCUCUUCUGCAGAAUAUCUCAACUAUGGAAUUGGAGCGAGUGAGGUGGAGGUUGACCUUGUGACAGGAAAAACAGAAUUUAUAAGAUCAGAUAUUAUCUAUGACUGUGGUAAAAGCCUUAAUCCUGCUAUUGAUUUAGGACAGAAGAUUGAAGCUGCUGCCGGUGGUGAAGCAGCUUUGUGGCCUUGA